ACUCCAAUCUUGGCAGCCCUGAGAGCAGAUGGCUUUGGAGAGAAUCCUUUCUAUCACUGUUUGGUAGCAGAGAUUCUUCCAGCGCCCGGGGAGCCACUGGGGCCCUGCGUGGUGGGCUAUGGGCUAUACUACUUCAUCUACAGCACAUGGAAGGGACGCAACAUUUAUCUGGAAGAUGUCUACGUGAUGCCAGAAUAUCGGGGUCAAGGGAUUGGUUCCAAAAUAAUCAAAAAGGUGGCUGAGGUGGCCCUGGAUAAGGGCUGCUCCCAGUUUCGUCUGGCUGUCCUGAACUGGAACCAGAAGGCCAUAGACUUGUACAAGGCCCUAGGAGCCCAAGAUCUGACGGAAGCUGAGGGCUGGCACUCCUUCCGCUUUGAAGGAGAGGCAAUGAGAAAGUUGGCAGGAAAAUGAUGCCAUCCCUAGCCGGUGUCUCUUUUGAGUUUCUCCUUCCCCACCCCACCAGCUCAAGCACUCUUCAGAGACUAUUUCCACAGACACUGACAUUGAGGCCUCCCUGGAGGAAGGAGGGUUAGGGGUGCCUAUCCUCAAGUAGUAGAAUAGCAAAAUUGAGGGAGAGACCUUUCUUCCUUGUUGAGGGUGAAAAAUAAAUAAGAAUUACAUGUCCUGA